AUGCUUUCUAGAGUUGCUCGUUUGGGCCUUACAAGAAACUUGGCACCUCGUUCUGCCGUUGCAUUGAGGGGAUCUCUUUUGAGACCUACUGCCAUCCAGAGUGGUAAGCCUCAGGCAGUCUUUACCAGAUAUGCUUCGUCUUCCAAUGAAAAUGAUCUUCCAGAUGACGAUAUCCUUAAGGUUCAGGAUGUGGUUAGCAAGGUUCAACAACACCCACACAUUCGUGAGCUUUUGAACGAGUUCCAGGACAUCAUCGUGAAGAAGGGCUUCAAUCCAAAUGAACAGCCUUCCAUCACUCAGGUUAUGAGACUUUUCGCCGAUAAAGAGGUUAGACAGCUUAUUUCUAAGUUGAAGGAUGCUUUUGAGGAGGCUGGCAUUAAGAUCUCCCCAGAUGACAUGGGCCUGUUCAUGAAGAUGUUCAAGAAAUAA